CCCCCGUUUAUUGGAGCUGAAUUUCCGGGAGAUUUUUUUUUUUUGCCGUUUCCCCACUUGCGGCGUUUUGGGGGGGCUGUGCAAAUUCUUGCUGUUCGGGAAAGCUGCUCCUGGGCCCCGCUCCGAGCAGGUGCAACCAGGAAAACCUUUGGAGGAAGCUCUGCUUGCAGGAUCCCAUCUGGCUCAGUCACCUGGACCAGAGGUUUCAUCUUCUCAGCUUUUGGACUCGUGCUGGAGCCCAUCCUCCUGCCCAUCUUCCAACCUUUUGGCCAAAGUUCUGCUUGUUACAGUUUCCUUGGAUGGAAAGCCCUGGAAGUGAGCAGCCCCUGGAAAUUAUGCAGAGGGGGGAACACUUUGGCCAAAGGUGCCCUCAGGGGAAUCUGGGGAGACACUCAAAAUGCUCCAAGUGCGGGAAAUCCUUUGCUCACCGGUCCUUCCUUUUGAUCCAUCGGAAGCUGCAUAUGGGAAAUGGAUCCCACCUGUGUUUUCUUUGUGGAAACUCCUUUCCUGGAAUGUGGAGCUUUGCCAAACAUCUCCGGAGCCACCCUGGACUGAAGCCUUACAAAUGCGGAGAGUGCGGGAAGCAUUUUGCUAAAGGAUCGGACCUUGGAGCCCAUCAGCGAAUCCACCAGGGAAAGAGAUCUCAGGAAUCCUGGAAGCGCUGGGGAAGAUUUCCUGGGAGACGGCGUCUUUCUAGGCUUCAGAACAGCCCGACUAAAGAGAAGCCCUGCAAGUGUGUGCAAUGUGGGCUGUGCUUUUCUCAAACCUCGCAGCUGCUUAAACAUCAGCAAAUCCACACCAGAGAGAAACCUUAUCAAUGUCUGGAGUGUGGGAAAUGUUUCCAUUAUAAACAAUUGUUUAGAAAGCAUGAGAUUAUUCACACAGGGCAGAGUCCUUAUAAAUGCUUUGAGUGUGGAAAAUGUUUCACUAGGAACUCAUCUCUUUACAAACAUAAUAAAACACACACAAAGGAGGAAAGCAAAAUGUGCCCAGAAUGUGGGAAAUCUUUUUCCAGGAAAUCAUACCUGCUGCAACAUCAGAAAAUUCACACAGGAGAAAGAUCCUAUCAGUGCCCAGAAUGUGGGAGAUGUUUUGGCUACAAGUCAAACCUAAUUCAACACCAGAGGAUUCACACUGGGGACAGACCCUAUCAAUGCUCAGAAUGUGGGAAAGGAUUUCUCAGUUCUUCUAAACUUCGGAGCCACCAAAGGACACACACGGGAGAAAAACUAUAUAAAUGUAAUGAUUGUGAUAAAUAUUUUUCUUUUAAGGAAACUCUUUUUCAACAUCAGAGUAUCCAUACAGGGGUGAAGCCCUAUAUGUGCAUUGAGUGUGGAACAUUUUUCCGUACAAUACAAAGUCUCAGAAAUCAUGAGAAUGUUCAUAGAGGGGAAAAAAAGUUCAAAUGUUUAGACUGUGGGAAAGCAUUUGCUCAUUCAUCAUCCCUUAGAAUUCACUGCCAAACCCAUACGGGUGAGAAAUGCCACAAAUGUUCAGUGUGUGAAAAAUCUUUUACCCGGAAAGAUACACUUGUGAUGCAUCAGAGAAGCCACUUAGAGAAGCAAUAUAAAUGUCCGGAGUGUGAGAAAUGUUUUGCCAGAAAGUCACAACUAAUUCAACAUCAGAUACUUCACACUGGAGAAAGACCCUAUCAAUGCCCAGAAUGUGGGAGAUGUUUUGGCACAAAGUCACACCUAAUUCGACAUCAGAAACUUCACACUGGAGAUAGACCUUAUCAAUGCCCAGAAUGUGAGAAAACAUUUGUGGAGUCUGCUGAACUUCGGAGACAUCAGAAGGGGCACACAGGAGAGAGGCCCUAUAAAUGUGGGGAGUGUGGGAAAGGUUUUCUCACAGCAACACUGCUUCGGGUUCAUCAGAGAAUCCACACGGGGGAGAAACCAUACCUGUGUGUGGAGUGUGGGAAAUGUUUUUCCCAAAAACAACACCUUGCAAGGCAUGAAAAGGUCCAUACACGAGUGAAGACAUAGAGAUGCAUAGAAUGCAGUAAUGUUUUGCUCAAAAGUGAGACAUCAGAAAAAUCAUAUGGAAAAAGCCCUAAUAGACCCUGAUGGUAGAACAGUUUUUCAUAGUUGUUCAACCCUUAAAAGUCAUAUGAUUGUGGGAGAGCAUUUUCUUGUCAAUAGUCCCUUCAAAAUCACACUCUAAUCCAUAUAGGAAAGAUGCACUUUAAAUGUUAGAAGUGUGGUGUAUGGUUUGCCUGGAAAAAUACUCUUUCAGCAUCAGCGAAUUCUUACUGGAGAGAAACUUUUAUCAGGGCUUGGAAUGUGGCAAAGAUUUUUAUCUGAUCAUCAGGUGCACAUGAAAAAUCCACACAGGAGGAAAACCUUACAGGUGUAUAACAUGACAAUACUUUUCCUUGCCAGUUGGAAGAUCUUGCCUCCUAAAGUUUGUCCAUUAAAAUUACCUCCUUAGAAAUUUUCUUGCCAAGUUAAAUUUUGUUUCAAUUUAAAAAAUUUUUAAUUCUAAGAUGUGAAUAUGAAAAUCUGAUAUGAGUGUGAAAACCUAAUAUCUAAUGUGAAAUUGUCUGGAAUCGCUUGAGCAGGCAAGGUAGGACUAGAAGAGUACAGCUCUUUUAUUUUGUGGUAGCUCCCUUCUAGCCCUAUGAUUCUAAGAAUUUAAAAAGAAAAAUGGAAAUGGAAAUGGAUGAAAAGCAAAAGGAGGGUUCAUUUAAUGACCAUUCGAUGUUACAGUGGCACUGAAAAAAGUAACUUAUGACCAUUUCUCAGCAUCCCGAAGGUCAUGUGAUCAAAAUUCAGAUGCUUGACCGCUGACUCUCAUGUCUGAAGGUUGCAGUGUUCCAGGUCACCCGAUCUCCUUUUGGGACCUUUUGACAAGUAAAGUCAAGGGAGAAUCCAGAUUCACUUAACAGCCAUGUGACUAUCUAAACAACUGCAGUGAUUCAGUUAACAAUUGUGGCAAGAAAGGUCAUAAAUUGGUGAAAACUCACUUAAGUGUUUUAGUUAACAGAAAUUUUGGGCUCAAUAGUGGUUGAAAGUAGAGGACUAUCUAUGAUCAAUUGAGAGUUGUUAGAACAGGAACAUGGAGAAUAUGACUGAGCUGCCUCUAAAUACUACAGUUUGUUUUUUGCUAUGUUAUAGAGCCCCCGAUUACAAUCUCAGUCAUACAAAUAAAUUAACUGCACUACUAACAUGGGCAGCUUCCUGCCUGCACCCCCUUGUCUUUCUUGGUGGUCUUAAUUUGCCUCUUAUUAAUUGGAUCCUAAACAAGUGUGCAACUGAACCUGUACAUGUAACCAUGUACAAUGCUGUUACAACUCUGGGGCUGGAGCAGUUGGUAACGGGCAACUCUAGGCUCAACAAUUGCUUAGAUCUCUUCUACUGUAAUACUUAAAUUCAAUUUAUGGCUUACAAGUUAAAGAACCAUUUUCCAACAGCAAUCACAGCUUGAUAGAUUUUUGUCUCAAUUUGUGUUCUUGCAAACAGGGUCAUAAUGACAGUACUUAAAAUUAUAACUUUAAAAAAGCCAACUAUAAUCUCAUAGCUGCCGACCUCGCAUCCCUUGAUUGGCAUCUUCUGUUCACAGGUUGUAAAAGUGCAGAUGACUAUAAUACUUUUUUACUCUAAAUCCAUAGUCAUUAAUCUAUACAUACCAAAAAUGACCUCUAAAGUUAAAAAGAACAAAUUACCCAUAGCAAUAAGUAAGUUGCAAUCCAAGAAAAAAUCUCUUUGGUAAGAAGACAAAACUGGUUAUGUAGCUAACUUUAAAAGCCGCUACAAAGCCUUAUGCCGCCAGAUAAAGAGCAAAUGUUCCAACCACUAUUGCAAACAGGAGUAAGCGCUGUUAAACUCGAAGUCUACCCAAAGCCUUGUAUAAUUUUGUUAAUGCAAAACAUAAAGACUUGAAAAUGACCCCACCCUUAAAAGGGUCUGAAGGGGAAGACUGUAACAAUGAUGUUGUUAAGGCCAACCUUUUCAAUAAGUGCUUCAGUUCAGUCUUUGUUGAGAGCAAUGGCUACUGUCUCUCACUUCCUAGUCGCACCAUAAGAAAUUGUAGCAAUUUACUAUAUAUUGAUUUUACAGGAGAUAAUGUUGAAACGGCACUACAAAACCUAAAGCCAUUCCAUCUACUGGCUCCGAUGGACUAUGUGCCCAUUUUUGGAAAAAGCUUGCUACUGCCCUAUCCACAAUCUAUGAGGUAUCUUUUUGAACCAGCUCCCUGCCCAACCUACGGUCACUAGCCACAGUUAUACUAAUCUUUAAAAAGGGGGACCCUAAUUUAGUCAAAAAUUACAGUCCAACUCCCUGUAUUGCGUUACCUGUAAUGUCAUGGAAUCAAUUAUAUACCAAUCCAUCAUCUGCCACCUAGAGGCAAACAAUCUUGCCCUGUAAUCUGCAAUUUCUACAUUGUAAAAACAUCUGGGCCACACAUCUUGAUCAGAGUAAAGCAGUAGAUGCAAUUUACACAGACUUCUGUAAAACCUUUAUUCAGUGGUGCACAACAAAUUACUGUCAAAACUAAGUUCUUACGGCACAAGUAGAUAGCCACAUUCCUGUCCAACAGGCAACAAAUAGUCAAAAUAGGGAGGGCUCUAUCAAAUCUGGCACCAGUUAACAGGGGAGUCCCCCAAGGCAGCAUUUUCGGACCCACAUGCUUUCUGCUUUACAUCAACGAUCUAUGCAAUCAAAUUAAAAGCAACUGCGUCCUCUUCAUUGAUGACGUAAAAUUAUUUAAUACCACUGACAAUGCUGCCGUAGUGCAAAGGGACUUUGACUAUGUGUCUGAAUGGUCGCAUAAUUGGCAACUCCAAAUCUCGAUUAAUAAAUGCUCUGUCCUACAUAUUGGCAAAAAACAAACAAACAGAACACCAAAUACAAGUUAGGCGGUACUGAUCUCGCAGAUGACCCUCACUUUGUCAAGGACCUAGGAGUACUCAUUUCUAACCAUCUAAGCCCCAGAGCUCACUGUAACAGCAUUGCCAAAAAAGCAUUGAGUCGUUAACUUAAUUUUGUGAAGCUUCUCUUCUGGUUAUAUUGUAUUGUUAACUAGAACGUAUAAAACCUUUGCCAGACCAAUUCUUGAAUACUGUUCACCUGCUUGGAAUCCCUAUUGUAUAUUGGACAUUAACAGGAUUGAGCAGGUCCAGAAGUAUUUCACAAGAAGAGUACUGCGCUCCUCUGCUCACAACAGAAUUCACUAUAUCACCAGGCUAAAAAUCCUGGGCCUGGACAAGCUGGAACUGCGACGACUGUGGUCUGAUCUAAGCAUUGUGCGUAAAAUUGGCUGCUACAAUGUCUUACCUGAUCAACGACUUCUUCAGCUUCAAUCACAAUACUACACAGACAAAUAAUUGAUACAAACUCAAGGUAAACUGCUUCAAACCUGACUGCACAAAAUAAGAUUUCAGCAACAGAGUAGUCAAUGCCUGGAACGCCCUACCUGACUCCAUUGUUACAGCCACUAAUCCUCACAGCUUUAGCCACAAACUGUCUGCCAUGGACCUCGCCCCAUUCCUAAGAGGUCUGUAAAGGGGGCGUGCAUAAGCACACAUGCAUGCCUACCAUCCCUGUCUUACUGUUCCCAUUAUACUUGUAUUUGCUUCCAUUGUUCAUGUUUAUGUUUAUACUUAUACUUGCUUCCUUGUUCAUGUUUGACAAACACAUUGAACAAAUGAACAAAUAAAUACAAGGUAAAGUCAAAAGAAUAUGGAGAUAUUUUGUAGAAAAGUCGCACCUAAUUUUGACAUCAGAGACUUCACACUGGAGACAGAGCGUAUCAAUGCCCAGAAUGUGAGAAAAGAUUUGUGGAGUCUGCUGAACUUUGGAGACACCAGAAGGGGCACACAAGAAAGAGGCCAUAUAGUUGUGGGGAGUGGGAAAAAUUUUACCCGAAAACAAAACUUUAGAAAUCGGAAGGUCCAUACAGGAAUGAAGCCAUAGAGAUGCAUAGAGUGCAGUCAAGUUUUGCUCAAAAGUGAGACAUCAGAAAAACCACAUGGGAAAAGUCCCACUAUGUUAGAAAAGUUUUUCAUAGUGGAUUAACCCCUGAAAAUUAUAUAAAAGUUUGUAAGCUUUGUUAAAUUUUAGAAAAACAUAAAAGUACAAGAAUACAAAGGAGAAAGAACUAAAAAAAAACGGGAGGGAGGAAAAAGCAAAAUUGGAGAGUGCAGACAAAAAGGGGAAAAAGCUAUAGAGAAAAAGUAACUUCCAACUUUCUUCACUACAGGUAAACUCCUAAGCAUCAAUAACUCUUUGAAUUAGAAUAAACCAUAACAAACAGUACGUUUAUCAUUAUAAACAUGUAUAACCCUAAAAAAUCAAGGUUUAAAUUUCAUUUCUUUCAAUUACAAGCAAAUCCAAGAGUGGCUUCCAAGUAGAAGGAAAUCUAGAGAAAGUUUUUUACCC